UUUGUUAUGAAUUUGAUGAAAGGACGCCGCGAACACGUUUUUAUAAGCUUCAUUUUAUAUCGGGAAAUAUAAAAUGAUUUACAACUGAAAAAAACUCAAAAAUAACAUUUCGUCAAAUAUUCGACUCUGUCAAAGAAGUUUUUAUUUUUCAAUUGUUUCUCCUACAACAACAGAAAAAUGUAUUCUGCAGUCAAACCUUUAUCAAAAUAUCUACAAUUUAAAACUGUGCGAAUUUAUGACUCGGUCUUUACAUUGCACUCGAAAUGUACAGUGGUGAUAUUGCUCACAUGUUCAUUCCUGCUUUCGGCUAAACAAUAUUUUGGCGAUCCAAUAACAUGUAUGGGCGAUGAAAAGAAUAUGGAUUAUGUUAACUCCUUUUGCUGGGCAAUGGGAACCUAUAUUUUAAAUUAUUUUGAUAUAGGAGAUAAGUUAGCACGCUUACAUAAUAGCAGUGACAGUAAUAAAAAGUCGGAAGCAUUGGCAAUAGCAGAAGGUGUUGGACCGGAAUAUGGCUAUAAAACCGAACGAGUGUAUUUGCGCUACUAUCAAUGGGUUAUCCUGACAUUUCUUUUGCAAUCAUUCAUCUUUUAUUUUCCCUCAUAUCUGUGGAAGCUUUGGGAAGGCCACAGAUUAAACGAAUUAUGCUCAGAAUUAGGAAAUGCAAUACUAUCAGAGGAAACCAUUGCAUCAAAGAAAAAAAUGCUGCUUAAGUACUUUAGCUCCGACAACAAAGAUAUACACUUUUGUUACACCUCCCGUUAUAUCUUAUGUGAAACGCUUAACGCUGCCAUUAGCAUACUAAAUAUUUUGUUCUUGGAUCUCUUUCUCAAUGGAUUUUGGCAAAAGUAUAGCUUGGCUAUGGCAGCAUUGCCGCACUAUGAUUGGGAUCUUUGGAAUACUAUGACAUCGCAAGUUUUUCCAAAAAUUUCAAAAUGCCACAUGUUUAAAUUUGGACCCUCUGGAUCAGCUAAUUCCCUAGAUAUUCUUUGUAUGCUGCCAUUGAACAUAUUGAAUGAAAAGUUAUUUGCAUUUCUAUAUGUCUGGUUCCUGGCCAUGUGUAUUUUGUCAGUUAUUAAUUUAAUAUAUCGCUACGUCAUGGUUUUUAAUUCAUCAUUCCGUUUGCAUUUGUUGCAUUGCCGAGCACGUUUCGUCCCUAGAUCCUGUAUAAGAAGCGCCACUAUUGACUUAACCUUUGGCGAUUGGUUUGUUCUAUACAAAGUUAGUCGAAAUAUAAAUCCUGUAAUAUUUGGGGAACUAAUGCAAGAUCUCUUUGAAAAAAAUAAUCUCACGAAACCCAUAGGUUUCAAUAUGUGAAAAGGACCAUUCCAAGAAUAAAAACAAAACAAAUAUGUGAACAGGAAUUUUUCAAGAAAUAUUUGUUGAUUUUUUUUUUGUAAAAAAUUGAAUUAUUACAUUAAUUUUUUUUUUUUUUUGAUAUUGAUGUUUAACAUAACUAUUAUUUCUAGAUAUAAGCUAUAAGAUACGCAAAAUUUCGUAUCACUUAUUGUUCCUUAAACGUAAUUGGAAGACUAAUAAUAUGUAUCUAUAACAUGAUUUUUUACUUUAUCUAAUAUAAAACGAAUUAAACAAUAUAAGUCAUG